AUCAGCAGCAGAAGCAGAAAGUUAAGACAUUAUUUGCAGACCAGACUGCAGAGGCUGGCAGGCAGGCACGGCACGGCACGGCACCUUUAAAAACAUUUGUUUUCGCUGCUCGACGGCAUAUUCAUGAUGUCUUUGGAACAAACAGCUUGUGAAGACUUGAAAGCUUUUGAGAGACGGCUCACGGAAGUCAUAUCAUGUCUUCAGCCAUCAACCACCAGGUGGAGAAUUUUGCUUGCUGUAGUAUCAAUUUGCACAGCAGUGGGAGCAUGGCACUGGCUAACAGACCCUAAUACAUCAGAAGUAUCUUUUACGCAGUCCUUAUUUAAUAAUCCUUUCUUCACUAUUUCAAGCAUCAUUCUCGUCUUCCUCUUCGUUCUUGGUAUCCAUAAGAGGGUAAUUGCUCCUUCUAUCAUCACAACUCGAACUAGACAGGUUCUAACCGAUUUCAACAUGUCAUGUGACGACACUGGGAAACUCAUCCUGAAACCUCGGCCGACAACAACAUAGUUUUAAUUGGCCAUUACUGAAGUAAGUCCUAAUGAAGGUAAAUCUAACAGUUUAUUCUCAAAAUUUAAAAUGUGCCAGAUUUUUUUGUUUGAGAUGUAACACUUUCAUACGUAGAUUAGAUUAUUUAUUAAAAAUUUUUAAUCUUAUGCUAAUAAUUUGACUUUGAAUAUUGUACAGUUGUUUAUUUCUUAAUGUUAACUUUUACAUUGGUAUCUUGUAUGUAUUGAUUAUUGUUGUAGUAAUCAACAUCAACUGUGAUAUCACCACUCCUACCCUUUAUGGGUUGUUUUAGUAUCUUUGGAUUUCAAGUUUUGAUAUUCCCUGGUUAAAAUUGUCCCUGAUUUGAACUUUGUAAUUACUAGAAUACAUGACCAAUCAUAUUGGUGAACUGAC